CCGCAGCCCCACGCCGGACCAACCAGCGUGGAAAUCCCUGCACUCAGGCACGUAGCAGUGGCACACACAUUCACAAACGUGCUCUGACUGCUAUCAAACACCCUCAAGCUCACAGCAUCUGUGCUACAUCUCUGCUCUCCUUCCUCUUCUCUUCCUCCUCCUCUCCCUCUCUCCCUCUCUGUCCUCCGCAGCUCUGACUCAUUCAGCGAUUAUUAUUUCCAAACCGCAGCAAGCCAUACCACACAACGCGGAAUAAUGUCCUCCAACCUGCCCCCCGGGACCGCAGCUGGGGCCAAAAGCAAACCCCUGUCCCCCUUCAGGAAGCGAGGCAGCCUUCAGUACACAGCCAGCACAGUUGAUCUCCGUGGUGCACGCCACCUCCUCACUUCCCAGCAUUCCUUGCCUGGUAUCCCUGUGGCCUUGAAACAAUCCAUUGAUCUGCGUACAUCCAUGGACGGGAAGUACAAGGAGAUAGCUGAGGAGCUGUUCUCCCGCACGCUGGCGGAGAGUGAAAUGCGCAGCGCUCCCUAUGAAUUUCCAGAGGACAGCCCCAUCGAACAGCUGGAGGAGAGACGUCACCGCCUCGAGCGACAGAUCAGCCAGGAUGUCAAGUUUGAACCCGACAUCCUCCUCCGAGCCAAACAGGAGUUCAUGAAGACUGACAGUGCCACAGACCUGGAAUACAUGAAGGAGCAGAGCCAAGCUUCUGACCUGCAAGAGAGAGAGCUAGUUAAAGAGAAAGAGUAUCAGCGUGUCUCGAUCUCUGGAGAGGAAAAAUGUGGGGUUCCCUUCACAGAUCUGUUGGAUGCAGCUAAAUGUGUGGUGAAGGCUCUGUUCAUCAGACAGAAGUAUAUGGGUCUGUCGCUGCAGAGUUUCUACAGGACCACCGCUCGCUACCUGCAGGAGCUGAGUGAGAGACCUCUGGACCUGGAAAUAUUUGAGGAGGAGGAGUUCCCAGAGACCACAGCCACAGCAGAUGCCACAGUGCACCCACCUGUUUCUGAAAAGCACCCAUAUGAGAACCAGGACCCUGCCAGCAUGCCCCCUGACAUGGGUUAUGGCUGCAAGAUGGUGGAUGGCGUCAUGCAUGUAUACACGGCGAGGAACGUUAUGGAAAAGAGCACAGAGCUGGAGCUUCCUUAUCCAGACCUGCAGGAGUACAUUGCUGAUAUGAACGUCAUGAUGGCCCUCAUUAUCAACGGACCAGUGAAGUCCUUCUGCUACCGACGUCUGCAGUACCUGAGCUCUAAGUUCCAGAUGCACGUCCUGCUGAAUGAGAUGAAGGAGCUGGCAGCACAAAAGAAAGUCCCACAUCGAGACUUUUACAAUAUCCGUAAGGUAGACACACAUAUUCAUGCCUCUUCCUGUAUGAACCAAAAGCACCUGCUGCGUUUCAUAAAGAGGGCCAUGAAGAAGUAUCCCAAGGAGAUUGUUCAUGUGGAGAACGGCAAGGGUCAGACGCUGAUGGAGGUGUUUGAGAGCAUGAACCUGACGGCCUUUGACCUGAGCGUGGACACACUGGACAUGCACGCGGACCGCAACACUUUUCAUCGCUUUGACAAGUUCAAUGCCAAAUACAAUCCCAUUGGAGAGUCCAUCCUGAGAGAGAUCUUCAUUAAAACAGACAACCACAUUGAGGGGAAAUACUUUGGUCACAUUAUUAAGGAGGUGAUGGCUGACCUGGAGGAGAGUAAGUACCAGAAUGUGGAGCUCAGAUUGUCCAUCUACGGCCGCUCCAGAGACGAGUGGGACAAACUGGCAAAGUGGGCCGUCAAACAUCUCGUCUACUCCAAUAAUGUGCGCUGGCUGGUGCAAGUGCCUCGACUAUUUGACGUCUACCACACAAAGAAACAGUUGUCCAACUUUCAAGAGAUGUUGGAGAAUAUCUUCAUGCCUCUGUUUGAGGUUACAGUAGACCCCGGCAGCCACCCAGAGCUGCACCUCUUCCUACAGCACGUUUUGGGCUUCGACAGUGUUGACGAUGAGUCUAAACCAGAGCAACUCAUCUUCAAUCUGGACAGUCCGCUACCAGUCAACUGGACAGAGGAGGAGAACCCGCCCUACUCAUACUACCUCUACUAUAUGUAUGCAAACAUGACCGUGCUGAAUCACCUGCGCAGGCAGCGAGGGUUUCACACGCUUGUCCUGCGUCCUCACUGCGGGGAGGCGGGGCCGAUCCAUCACCUGGUGUCCGGUUUCAUGCUAUCAGAGAACAUCUCUCAUGGGCUGCUGCUCAGAAAGGCUCCUGUGCUGCAGUAUUUGUAUUACCUGGCACAGAUCGGUAUCGCCAUGUCUCCUCUGAGCAAUAACAGCCUGUUCCUCAGCUACCAUCGUAACCCUCUGCCAGAGUACCUGUCCAGAGGCCUCAUGGUGUCUCUGUCCACAGACGACCCUCUGCAGUUUCACUUCACAAAGGAGCCGUUAAUGGAGGAGUACAGUAUUGCUGCUCAGGUGUGGAAGCUGAGCUCCUGCGACAUGUGUGAGCUGGCCAGAAACAGUGUGCUGAUGAGUGGCUUCUCCCAUAAGGUUAAAAGCUCAUGGCUCGGCCCAAACUACAUCGCAGAGGGGCAGGAGAGCAACGACAUCAGACGCACAAACGUUCCUGACAUCCGUGUGGCUUACCGAUACGAGACCAUGUGUGAGGAGUUAAAUCUGAUCACACAAGCUAUCCGCACAGAUGAGCUGGAGACCAUUGAGGAGGAGGGGAGUCUGUGUAUGGGAGCUGUGCAGGGAGAGAAAUGAACAUGCAACGACACUCUACAUUCCCUGUCUGCUCAUGGGGACUUUGUAUGCAUAUCAACAUAUCACACCUUCAAGGAGACGAACACUUGUUACAAGACGAUAUGAGAGUAACUAUCAGAGAGGACCUACAAUCUGUGUACCCAGUGUGUUGAUUUCCUCUAGUUUCUCUGAAUCAUGCUGUUUAAUUUCUCAUGGUGAUUUCACCAUGUCUUUUCAUCUAUUUAUUUUAAACUAUUGUUGUUAUAUGUAUCUGUCCAAAGUGUGCAUAUACUGAACAAUAUAGACAUUCAAUUCUCAAAACAUUGAUGAAACU